UUGAUUAAUGUGAUACAUCCACAAAAAGAACAGAACUACAAAACGCUCUUCACAUGACUGUGGAACGAAUCUAGCACGUCAUCAAAAUGCGCUGUUAUUCCAGCACGAGCCUUUUGACAGCUAUAAGAAAUAGGCUGAAUUAAAUAAAUCUCGAAAUAGCUACACUAAUCUAAUGAAUUUAUCUACCUAAAUAGAGUUUCGACGAACGCUGGUAUAUGCUUACAUAGUUUUAACUGGCAAGCUUGAUCCGAAAACUGUUACAGCUACAUUCUGCAAUUGUUGGCUAGCAAGCUACAAUAAAUUAGAGCUCUUUGUCACAUAGCUAGCUAACUCGACCAUGUGUCAGGUCGAUGAGGAAUACAAUGGACAGCUAGAACACAGAGUGACCCCACGUGUCUCCAAGAAGUGUGUCAAAUGCAAAGAAAAUACAGCGGUACUGAUCAUCCGAGCUGGAGAUGCGUUUUGCAGGGGCUGCUUCAAGGAGUACUUCAUCCACAAGUUCCGGGCCAUGCUGGGAAAGAACCGGGUCAUUUUCCCAGGAGAGAAGGUUCUUCUUGCAGUGUCUGGAGGGCCAGCCUCUAGCUCCAUGCUGUCACAGGUUCAAGAGGGUUUGAGUCGAGACGCACCCAAGAAGUUGAGAUUUGUCCCUGGAAUUAUCUACAUAGAUGAGGGCGGUGCCAGUGGUCAGAGCAUGGAAGAGCGGGAGAGGGCAGUGGCUCAACUGGAGUCAGUUUUCAGAGCCACUAAUCACCAUUACCACAUAGUCCACCUGGAGCAGGUACUCAGUCUCCCCAGCUCAGUGCUAGAGGCAGGAUCCUCGGCAACAGAAAAACCACAGACUGGGUCGAGUUAUAAAGCUGCUGUGGACCAAUUCAUCCAGACCAAGAAGAACCAGCAUCCAGACCUCUCUGUGGAGAAUGCCCAGAGUCACCUGUCCAGUCUGAGCAUGCAUGAGGUCGAGAAUGGAGUAACCAGCCCCAUCACCCCUGAACACACCCAAGCCCUUCAGAAACUGUUUGCCUCUGUGAGGACGCUGACAGCCAAAGAGGAUUUGCUACAUACACUGAGGCAGCACCUGAUUCUCCACACAGCAAGGACACAGGGCUACACCAAGGUGAUGAUGGGGGACAGCUGCUCCCGUCUGGCCAUCAAACUGCUCAGCAACAUCUCUCUGGGGCGAGGGGCAUCGCUGGCAACCGACACGGGCUUCUCAGAUCCUCGCUAUGGAGACGUGGUCAUUGUCAGACCCAUGAGGGAUUAUUCCUCUAAAGAAAUAGCAUAUUACAACAGAAUGUUUGACAUCCCCUCCGUCUUUAUCCCUGGCCUGGACACUAAGGCACAAGACAAGGCCAGCAUCCAGCACCUGACAGAGAGCUUUGUCACCAAACUCCAGACUGACUUCCCCUCUACUGUCAGCACAAUCUACAGGACCAGUGAGAAGCUCCACACAGCAUGUCCCCCCCAGAACACACAACCCUUUGCUAAGUGCCUACUGUGUGUGUGCGCCUUGGACACUAAACUAGAGGAGUUCUCUGCCUACCAGGCUACACUGAUCUCAGAGCAGCUGUCUCAGAGGCGGGGCCCAAGCCCUGGGUUCACCCGUGGUUCAGCAGCAGCUCCAGGGCUGCCUCCAGUCUCCUCGGCAAGCCAGGGCUGCUCCUCUGGAGGGGGCCAGCAUCAGGGCUGUAUGACUGGAGAGGGGGGCUGCUGCUCCUCUGCUAAAACAACCUCACUUCGUCGGGGCAUUGACUCUACAAGGUGUCGAAAGCGUUCCACAGGGAUGCUGGCCCAUGUUGACUCCAAUGCUAAUCAGUGGUCAAGUUGCCUGGAUUUAACAAGUGACACCAAUAAGGGAUCAUAGCUAUCACCUGGAUUCACGGAAAGAGCAGAGCUUAAUCUUUUGUACACUCAGUGUAUAUUCACAUGUUUACAUUUAGGGUGAAGUGCCAAGCAACUUGAAGUUACUUGUACAAGAGGCUGUUUAAUUUGAUCCUAUUGAAUUAAUACAAUACUGUGUGUGUGUUCUUUCAGGGAGCCAGAGACGGUGGAUCUUAAAAGCCUGUUGUGUUACAGUUGUAGACUGACCAUCAAA